UUCGACUCCAUUCCUUGUCCCACUAAAAACUCUUGCAACACAUUCACCCACACCCUCGCCAGUUCAUCUCUUGGAAUGGCUUCAGAAUCCAGUUCAAAUGGCCUUGUCGCUGUCUCUUUGCCAAACAGAGAAGGAAACAUUGGGAACAAGCCACCGGUAUGGCCUCUGCAGGACACCAGUGGAACACUUACCCCACCUCUGCCCGCGAAAUGUGACAGAAACGAUCGUCGGGACGGUGUUUGCUGCAAAGACUUGAAAGAUGAAGAUGAUCGCACGCUCAUUGAUCCUGAUGUCGUCCGUGAUGUUGUCAUCGGACUUUCAGACGGCUUGACAGUCCCCUUCGCACUGGCAGCGGGUCUGUCAUCUUUGGGCACCUCAAGAUUAGUUGUCGUCGGUGGAAUAGCCGAACUCAUUGCUGGUGCUAUUUCUAUGGGCAUUGGCGGCUUCUUAGCAUCUUCGGCAGAGCGGGAUCAUUACCAGUUCAUGCGACGCCACUUGUCGGCACGGGUGCAGCGGAGCUGCGUUGGAGAAAUGGAGAGGGAAGUAUACGAUGUGCUUGGGCGCAUAGGUGUCGACGAGCAGACAUGCCGCGCGGUUACCAAGUGCCUCAAAGAUGCGGAAUUUGACCCUGAAGUCGAUGGAAACAGUUCGCCGUCAGAUGAAGAAGCGCAGUUGCUAAGAUGGAAGAACCAAGUCGGUCUGACACCGUUUCUACUCAAAUUUGGAGAGGGAAUGGAGGAAAUCUCGAAGCGUCGAGUAUACGUUUCGGCGCUGACAAUUGGUCUUGGAUACUUGGUUGGCGGAAUCAUUCCCUUGAUUCCAUACUUCUUUGUUCCAGAAGCGCAUGUAGCGCUCAUAUACUCCUGUAUUGUCACAGGUAUCGUCCUGCUGAUAUUCGGAGCUGUGAAAUCUCGCGUUACUGGUGCUGGGCAGGGCGCUGGAGGGUACAUAUGGGGAGCAGUCAGCACUCUGUUUGUUGGUGGUACCGCUGCCGCCGCAGCUUACGCUCUUGUUGCAUGGCUGGAAGUUUCGUAGGCUUAGCGCGUACGAGUUUUCCUCGAUUUAUAGAAUCAACGCAUCAUUUACACGAGCAGCAUGAGUGGUCUGGUAGAUGGCUGAGCGCUGAGUUGUUGUCAACUUGCAACCUUGGGUGUUGUUUGGACAAGUAAAUGCGUACGGUCACGUGAUUGACAGCACAUC